GUUCAUUUAGUUAACCGAACACACUCACUCUGUCAAUGUUUUAAAUUGCAUGUUUCGCCUGUCUUCUCAGUUUAUAGGCUAGUGAUAUAUUCUCGACUCAAGACGAAAGUUAAAAACCGGCGUUUCAUUCACGAUGGCUGCGAUAAAAGCGUUACAGCAGUGGUGUAAGAUUCAAUGUGAAGGCUAUCGGGAUGUAGCUAUCACUAACAUGACAACGUCGUUUCGGGAUGGUUUGGCUUUCUGCGCCCUGAUACAUAAGCACAGACCAGAUCUGAUAGACUUCGACUCCCUAAGAAAAGAGAAUGUUUACGACAACAACCAUCUGGCCUUCCGUGUUGCUGAGGAGCAGUUGGGUAUUCCUGCCCUGCUGGAUGCUGAAGACAUGGUGGCUCUGAGAGUUCCGGAUCGUCUGAGUAUUCUUACCUAUGUCUCCCAGUACUACAACUACUUUCAUGGACGAUCUCCCAUUGGGGGUAUGGGAGGAAUUAAGAGACCAGCUGAGAACUCCACCGAGGAGCCAUCAGGAAAGAAGAAUCAGGCCGUCACAGCUAAAGUUUUCCCCUCACCUACACCACCAACAGAAAAUAAGAGAGAGGCUUUGGCUGAACGUUCAAAUAAACAAGGAACGCUGAGCAGCAGUUGCAAUGCCUGUCACAAACAUGUCCACCUGGUACAGCGCCACCUAGUGGACGGGAAGCUGUACCACAGGAACUGCUUCAAAUGCAGUCAGUGCUCCAGUGUUCUCCUCUCUGGGACGUACGAAUGUGGCAAAGAACCAGGGACGUUUAUCUGCAAAAGCCACCAAAACGCCCCAAGCUCCUCCACCAAUCAGAGCACAGUCAAAUCUCCAGGAAGCCAUACCUCACAUAUUUCUGUAUCUCCAAAGAGCACACGCGCGUUUCCAAGCAGCAAGGCCACUGUGUCCUCUCCGACUAGCCAGAACUCACUCGCUCCUGCUGGUAGUGCAGGAAAGACUGGACCCGCUUCAUCCAAACUGGGUCCCAGUUGGCUGACCACUAAAACUGAACACACCCCCACCCCUGCCCCUCGCUUUCAACCGACUGCCUCCCCGCGCUCGGAGACGGUCACUGUCACGGUUACGGUCCCCUCCAAACGUGACGAGACCCCAAAACCUCCCAGUAUUUCAACACAGAGGAACCAAGACGCCAGAAAAAGGUUCUUUGACAGUGAGGAUAGCGUUAGUAUUGGUUCUGAUCCCAAGGCGACAGGAGCGGGUGGAGGGGCGGGUGGAGGAAGGGUAUUCCUGAAGGUGGAUAACAUGUCCAGUGACAAGGAGAAAGAGAAGGAGAAUGCCAAGUCUGUCAUAGGCAAGAUGGUGACUGAGGAAACCAACAAAAGCAGUGGUGCACUGUGGCGUCCUGUGGGCCAAAAGACAAACAACUCCAGCAACGUUUCACCUGUGGACAAUAAGGUUAAUACUGGUAGAGUGCGUCUGAAAGCCCCUGAUAUAGACCUGGAUGUCAGCAGUCCGCCUUCUGCCAACAAGGCCCCGGCCUGGGUCAGAACCAAAGACAAAGAGACAUCCAGACCCGCAAGUGCACUUCUGACUAACAAUAAAGAGAAUGAAACGGCACCGUCUGACUGGAGAUCGAUGCUGAAACCCAUCCGUAAAGACGACACAACUGCCGGUUCCAAAGGCUCCUCGUUGGGUAAAUCGGAAACCAAGAAACCAGAGAACUCCUCCCCAAGACCCUGGGCACCAAGCUCCGGACCCUCCCCUGCCUCUCUGGCUACUCCAUCUCCUGCGCCGUCAGCAGGCGGUGCAGCGUCUGGGCCUGACCGCCUCAAAGCUCCUUCUCCCAGCCCAGAGAAGAAAGCACCUGAGCCCUGGGGCACAAAGAAUGGCAGCGUCUCAUCAACUGCUAACUCCGCUGGGACACAAACUCCCAAAUUGCACAAGGGAAAGCCAGACUACAUUCCCAAAGAGGAGAUCUUCAGGGAGCUGAAAGAGAUUGAGACAAAUCUGAAUGAGUUGGAAAAGAAAGGAAUUGAGAUGGAGAAACAGCUGAGACGCUGUGAAGAGGAGGGAGAAGAGGACACGUUAAUGAAUGAUUUAAUGGUAGACUGGUUCAACCUGAUCAGAAACAAACAACUUUACAUGAGAAGAGAAUCAGAGCUCGUCUACAUUGCCAGGACUCAGGAUUUGGAGGAGGAGCAGCCCAGUGUGGAGGCGGAGCUUAGAAAACUGAUGGAUAAACCUGAACAUCUGAAGACCGCUUCAGACCGUAAAAGAGAGGAAGAGCUGAUGGCGAAGCUGAUGGAGAUCGUUAACGACCGAAAUGCCAUCAUAGACGGGCUGGACGAAGACAGGCUCCGGGAGGAGGAGGAGGAUGAACAACUGAAUAAGAUGAUGCAGAGUCUGGAUAUUAAGAAAGACAAAAACAAGAAAAAAUCGCCCAUAUCCAAAUGGUUUGGUCGGAAGAGUAAGAAGGAGAGUGGGGAGAAGGAGGCAAACUGAUUCUCACAGGGAUUUUCUAUGUACCUCAAAUUACUGAAUAGUGUUUGUGGUGUACAAUUAUGUCUGUAAUGUAAGAUGCUUCUCAGCUCCUUGUCAAGUGUUUGUUUG